GAAGGGCAACAACCAGUCAAAUAUGUGAAAGCUCGCAUAUGUACCUUAUCGAAACGUCGAGCAGCCAGUAUGGCAGAGUUAUUUAAUCAGGAACCUCCAGAAACAAGCCUUUACGGUGAAUGGCAAACUGAAGAGUAUAAAUCAGAACCAGUUAUCGAUGUAAAUAUUACAAUUAAUUUUAAUAAUCUUAAAAUAUAUUGGGGUCUUUUAGUAAAUGGUGUAGGAAAAAUCGCAAAGAAACUUCACAUUGAUUAUGGAGAUGCUGUGGUUGGUUUUGAUUUUCAAUCACGUCGAUGUAUACCUGUUGUAAAGGGAAUUGUGGUUCCUGAGGAGCAUAGGGAAAUAUUGAUGGAGCAUGUAGCAGCAGUAAAUGAAGCAAAAAAGCAAAAAGAAAUAUCGGAUCGACAGAAAAAAUUAAAAACCAAAUUACAAGUACAGCAAAGAAUACAAGAAACAUAUGGAAAAGAGGAGGAAAUAUUAGCCGAAGAUUUGACUGAAGAUGAAGAAAAUGAGUUGUAUCAUGGUGACACGGACGAAGAGAAGAAUUCCAGUCAUCAA